GUGUGGUGGGCGCGCACAAUGGAGUGGUUGGAGCGCUGCGCCUGUGUGGUCCAGUCCGGGCUGUUCAGUGACGUUUUCCGCAGACACUCGGCUCUGCUCCUGGCCUGUGUGACGGUGGGCGGCUCCCUGGUGAAGGAGUUCUGGCCGCUCCCGGACUCCUACUUCAACAGCAAGAGAAACUUCCUCAACGUCUAUUUUGUCAAGCUUUCCUGGGGAUGGACGUUAUCUCUUCUCUUGCCUUUCAUCGGACUGACCAAUUACAUUGUGACCCGGAGCGUCCCGGCCGUGUUUCGCCGGAUAGGCACCUUGCUUGUAGGAACCAUCAUUUGGUACGUCUGCACAAACUUUUUCAUGUACGUUGAAAACGCCACCGGUAGUUGUUAUGUGUCUGAGAUGCAGCCAGAGAAUAAAACCGAGCACGGGGACAAGAGAGAGUGUAUCAAGAGCGGAGGAUUCUGGGUCGGAUUUGACAUCUCUGGCCACUCGUUCUUGCUCCCGUAUUGUGUCUUGAUGAUUUUGGAGGAAGCGGCCAUUCUACGAGAUGAGCGGUUUAAGAAGCACGGGAUGAAGCCACUGAUCCACGCCCUGGUUGUGUCUCUGGGACUCUUGGUGUCCAUUUGGGCUUUGAUGUUCUUUUGUACUUCUAUCUACUUCCAUACUCCUUGGCAAAAAAUAUUUGGAACUUUCUUCGGCAUCCUGUCCUGGUACAUCACUUAUAGGUGGUGGUAUCUAAAGACCUUGUCCCCUGGACUUCCUCCCAGCUCUCCUCCAGGAAAGAGUCACAGAAAAGCUAAAUAG